AUGGAUGAUGACAACAUCCAUAAUAUGAUUAUAUUCCAUGUAUCUAACCAAUAUGGUUAAAAUGUGAUAGAUCUAUACUUCGCUUUUAUGGUUACUUUCAAGCAUCACUUGGAGAGAAUCCUAAUAAAAUUUAUAGAAUUAAAAAAGUUAUAAUCUAUUAUUAUCUUUCUGAUUGCACAACUCAUAUAAUACCUCUAAAUAAGUAUUUGUAAAAUGAUAGAAAAGUAUUAUCUUUUGAUAUUAUUUUGGACGACUUAAAAUUAUGAUUGUAUCAUCCCCUUAAUAAAAGGAGAUGAUAAAUUUCUAGAACUUUCUUCUCUAACUUUGCUUAUUUAUCUGACUUCAAAUCUUAAUCUGAAUUGA